AUUAUGAAUAUAGGAAUAUAGGAAAAUGUGAUAAAAUAUUAAUGUUUCUUACAAGAGAGAGCAAAUAAGAGCUGACGCCGAUGUUCAAGGGAAAUUUAUUUAGUUUAGGCAGAAACUACACUGAUCGUCUGGGAUAGAACUGAUAGUCUGGGAGAGCGGAUCGAUGAGUGAUUCAUGAGCGAUUAGUGUGAACAUUUUAGGAAUACGAUCGGAUCGUGAGCGUGAACGAACCGAUAGUGUGGAUCGAGCCUAAGUCGUCGAAGAGAAAAGGAAAGCUGUACUGACUCUUGUCUCCGUCUGAGGAGGCAAAAAGUGCAAGCAGCUCCAACCAAGGAGAACAGUCCCACUCCUGGCGAUAAAGAUACAUCCGGUCGCCAUCGCCGUCGCCGUCGCCGUCGCCGUCGCCGAUCGCGUUGUUGUAGGACGACAGUUCCGGCGAAUCGACGAAAAAGUCCGCCAAAGCGUGGCGGCGAAGCGCGAUCGAUCGGUCGGGCGCGGCUCUAAUUGGAGGAUUUACAGGCGGCCCUUCAAUCCACGUAAAUUGACCGAAAUUAAUCGGACGCCGGAGAACGCGCGCGCGCGGAAUGCCGUUGUGUUAAUCAUUAGCCAGUGGAAACCGCACAUAACGUUCGUCCCGCAGGACUACCAACACUCCCGCCCACCGGCGUCAUUGUCGCGAAACGCCGAUAAGAGGCCUGGUGCGCGAUAAUUUCUCGCGCUCGUCUAAAUUAAUUAGGUCCUCGCCGCCGGUGGGCUCUCCUUCCCCGCUCUCUCACCCUCUCUUUAUCCCUCGUCCUCUCGCGGAUUACACGCCGCGCCGGUCACUUUCUCAGGAGAAAAAGUCCGCAGGGUCCGUGUGAUUCCAGGUUCGACGUUGAGGAGCGAGCAAACAACGGUAGGGUCGUCUCGUGUAACUAACUUUCGCCUCUGAAGAAACAUUGACACUUCCGGCCGGAGGGACGAGGGAUGCCCCGGUCGUGUCGCGCUGCUUACGCGGCGGAUCGUGUCGCGAUCCGAGACGGCCGGCGGAGACCGUAACCCUUCAGAUCCGACAGAGCGGAGCUUCCUCGGGACAUUGGUCGGAGGAUCACAUCGACAUUUCCAGGAGAAAAUCGUCGCGGCCGGCGGCGACGACGAUGAGUAUCGAGCGGCUUCCGGGCGGCCGCAGCCGACGAGGAUCCCGGUGAAAGGACACCGCGCGGUCGACCUUCGCGCGCGCGAGUUCCCGCUGAGAGCCUUGACUCUGAGAGACCUUGACCAUGAAGACUCGAUCGUCGCGGUCGAGCUUGCGAAGCCGGCGACGAGCCUCGCCGACAGUCGUUGCCCCGUCGUCCACCUGGAUGCGAUAAGGAGGUGCGCGAGGAGGACACCCUCACGUGGGAUGAUCGCGAGCGCGAUCGCGAGCGUGAACGCGACGACGGUGCUCCUGCGGGAGCCGAAGCACGGCGAGCUGGAGCGCGAGCUCGCGAUGGCGCACUCUCAGCAGGACAACUCCAGCGCGUUCGCAGCCUUCCUGCACGACGACGGCGCCUCGGAGCGCCGGGACUCGCUGUACGUCGUGCUGCCGAUCACGGUGAUCUACGUGGUGAUCUUCUUCACCGGCGUGAUCGGCAACAUCUCCACCUGCGUGGUGAUCGCGCGCAACAAGUCCAUGCACACCGCCACCAAUUACUACCUCUUCAGCUUGGCCGUGUCGGACCUGCUGCUGCUCAUGUCCGGCCUGCCGCCGGAGAUGUACUACAUAUGGUCGCACUUCCCUUACAUAUUCGGCGAGGCGUUCUGCAUCGUACAGAGCUUCGCCGCGGAGACCUCCGCCAACGCCACCGUCCUCACCAUCACGGCCUUCACCGUCGAGAGGUACGUGGCGAUCUGCCACCCCUUCAUCUCGCACACCAUGUCCAAGCUGUCGCGGGCGGUGAAGUUCGUGGUGGUGAUCUGGCUGCUGGCGCUCUGCCUCGCGGUGCCGCAGGCGAUCCAGUUCGGCAUCACUUACGAGUACGUCGACAACGGCACCGCCAUCCCGGACAGCGCCAGAUGCUCGACCCGGUGGACGUUAAUCGAGCACGCGUUCGAGAUCUCGACUAUCCUGUUCUUCGUGCUGCCGAUGACGAUCAUCACGGUGCUGUACGUGCUGAUCGCCAUCAAGCUGCGGCGCUCCAGGCUGUUGACCGCCACCGUCAAGAGGAACCCCAUGCCAGGUGGCCUGAAUCACCUUGACAGCAACCGAGGGAAGACGGCCGCUCAGAGGAACGUCAUCCGCAUGCUCAUCGCAGUGGUGGUGGCCUUCUUCAUCUGCUGGGCGCCGUUUCACGCCCAGAGGCUGCUGGCCGUGUACGCUCAGAGCAGCAUGGCCGAGCCGGAGGACGCCCUGGUUAUAGUCUACACCACCCUCACGUACGUGUCGGGGGUGUUUUACUAUCUAUCCACCACCGUGAACCCGCUCCUCUACAAUAUCAUGUCCAACAAAUUCAGGGAAGCCUUCAAGUCGAUGCUGCCGAAACAUUGCGUGAGGAAGUGCUCGUCGCGCAGGAGCAGCCCCCGACGGCCGAUCUACAGCAGCCUGUCGCGCUGCCAACGGUCCCUGAGGUAUCGGAUCGACGACAUCCAGCCGUCGCCUUCGAUAUCCGUGAGCGACGAGCAGCAACGACCAUCGCACCCCAGCCUGGCGAACGCGAACUCCUGCGAACUGAACGGCCUGGCGUCACGCGGCGAGCAACAGACCCGGGUGGUCUACCAGGCGACGAUCAAGGAAACCGCCGGCCGCGAGUACGCCAGGAGCGUGUCCAGGGGCUCCGACAUCAGCCAGUUCACCGUGAUGACGUCGAUCAGUAAGCAGGCCCUGAACGAGGGCAACAACAACGUGGCGGCGAACGAGUGUCUGCUGAAGAUACACCGCUCGCCGAAAGCUGUUACUUUAGGGAUACUCACCGAGAGGCUCGGCUUCGGCACGAAGGGGCUCUUCGCGCACCACCGGAAGUUACCGCCGGCCAGCCCGAAGUCGAAGGCGGACGUGGUCGCGCCGGCGACGUCGCCGCGAUUCCGCAGCCACCCGAGCAUCGAGAGCGCCAACACGAUCAGCAACUCCAGCCUCCAGGACCUCGACGAGACCGAGUUCACCGGUUCGGAGCUGGCGCGGUACAUGGGCGAGCUGAACUUCGACCUUGUCACCUGACACCCGCUCUCGACGAGGGAACGUCGUCUCUCGAGCUAGAGACGUCGCCGACUCCGAGAUGCUGAUGAACGCGCGAUUACGAAUCACGGCCGACUGCUCAGCUAGGUCAUAGCAGCAAGUCCGUGACAACGCGCAAGUCCUACCGUGCUCCACGCUUGGCAGUGUGACAUUGUGUGUGUGUGUGUGUGUGUGUGUAUGUGUGUACAUGUGUAAGUGUUCGUGUAUCAAGCGAAUUCGCUCGUCGCGAACAGGUCGCGAGUUUCCGCACGAACGCUCUGCGGAGUGCGACUUUCGCGCGACGAAACGGCUGCGUCAUCAGUAAUUAUCGCGCUGCGUACUACGCAGUAGCUCGGAAGAGCAGGCUCUCGCGGACCGAUCACCAUGAGAGGAGCAGAAGGCUUAUUCGAACGCAUGUCGAUGAUGGAAAACUCUAACAGCGGAACCACCGUCGAUUAACGAGCGAGCUGUUUCUACCGGGACGGGUAUUCUCAUAAAAAUUACCUCGCGCGAGGGCGAAAAUGUGUUUUUAUCUAUGCCUCUUGGUUCUACUUGAUGUCCGUUGGGAACAUACAUGGGUGUGUGCGUGUGAUGUAAAAAUUUGAGUAAUUUUUACAAAGGAAUUUCAAACCGACCAUUUUUACCGCUUUGGCGAUCCCCGUGUUAAACGAACAGCGGAAUAAUAGGGGAAUUACGAGAAAAGGAGGCUGCAGGAAGUCGUCGCUCGAAUCGCUCUCGGGGAAAUACUCACGUGUGUCCGGAAUUUCACGCGGGUACUCAAACGAGAAAUGUGCGAAGGAGAGCGAGCGAGAGAGAAAGAGAGAGAGAAAGAGAGAGAGAGAGAGAGAAAGAAGGAGAAGAUUAAUUCCUCGCGCAAAUCCCGUGAAUCACGAAGGCGAGGUGGAACGGCAAGUCUGCGCGAUGAUUUUGCAACCGAAGCGGAGACUCUCCGCUAGUCAUGAUAGCUGUUUAACGUGCCGUUGAUAAUUCCACUCCUCCGUGUAAAAGAAAAAACUAAAUAGAUAUACGGGUGUAAACAAGAAUCACUCAAUGUUCGCGAUAAUAAAUCGCGAUAGCGGCGCGAUGAUAAGAUGGUCGGAAAAGAUGGUCGACUUAAUAUUAACCGGGCUGCUUCUACGCUUUCGUCCGCCAUCGACAUUUCUAUCUCGCGACGAAGCGCGCCUCUAUCGACUUAUUUAUUUCCAUGAUUGUCGUAAAAGCGAUGUUAAAGAACGACGCCGGCCACGGCCGGCCGGGCAACCCACUGCUUGUGCAUUUCGCGAGCGAAACGGCUCAGCAUUUAUUUUUCUAUCGCGCAUAUAUCGCGGCGGGCGACAAGAUCUCCCUCGCGUGUCGUCGUCGUCGUCGUUCGAUCGUCGACGACGACCCGAGCACGCCGCGGAUCGGCGCCACUCCGUGUUCGCAUAAGCUGUACAAUAUGAGCGCACGAUUUGUUAAAUAAAGAUGUAUAGCGACUGUCCGUUUCAAUACACUCCAGCAGUUGUA